AUACGUGCCGUGGAUAUACCCACCAAGUGCACAUACCCAUCCAAAGCAGGCAGUGCAAAGAUGCCGGACAGCUUCAGCGAUCUAGAUAGUAGUAGAUACCCACUCAGGUGGAGAGUGGACAGCGAUCCCACCCCGCAGAUAUUCACUCACCGCCCGCCCGACAAAGUGGAAAAAACCCAGAGCCGCCGCCCCGGGUACAUCCAGUACUGCCACAAGCAUCUACGCACACAAAAGAGCGGCUUCAGGAUGCCACGGUCCAAGGUGAAGCCGAGGGUUAAAAAGAACAAAAUAAUAGUACCCAGCCUCCAAGCCACAGGCAAAAACCAUUUUACCCUGCAACAAGAAGCACGCAAUACAGAGGGCCGCAGCUCACGAAGGAUAGACACCUCUCUUCGCCACCAAGUCAUACAAUUCGUCAGCGCACGAAAUACGGCAUCUAUAGAUCAAGAAAUAAAUCCACACCAUCCAGAACCUCUCCACAAACCCCAGGAUUUGCCAACCGGAGAGUCAUCUGAUGCUGCCACGCUUUUAAGCCCAUCUCUCGGAGUUAGCAAUGACCAAUGCCACCUCGAACCGCCCGACGAAAGUCUUACUCCCAGAGUCACAUCGGACAUGGCCGCACUAUGGUCUCCGGACACAGAGGACUCCAGCGAGGACGAGGUGGUUUUCCCAGGGCGCCGAAGUCAGGUAGCCGAGCAUCCUCCCAGAGAGUCAGGAUCGAUAUCCGUCGCCAUAUUCACAGACACCCACAGCCCCGCCGACGACACGAGGCGGACCGUCCCUGUCGAUAGAUACCCUGGAAGUGUCUCACCGUUCAGACCCGACUUAGCACCAGCACAAGAGUCCCCGGUUGGACAGGGUCUGGGCGAAUGUCCAGAUUAUAUCAGCCUCAAGGUCAAAAGGACAAAUAAGAAGGAGAAGACGAUGCGGAGGGUUUCCGCAACAGAUGAAGACGCUGUCCUGGCUGAUUAUAUCGCAAACAUGGAUGAUGAAUAUUUGAUGCUACAGGGCGGGCGCAGCCAGAAAAGAGGUUCUGAAGCGUAUACCAUGGCGAAUACAGGCCAUUUACCACGUUCCAACAGCAGCACCGGACGUGCCGGUAGAGCAACAUCAUCUCGUAUUGAAACCGCUCGCCGGCGGUCCUCGAAGGAGUGCAUCGACCGUGCAGGAUGCAAUGACCCGGAGGUGGAGCCGACAACACAAGGCCUAUUGGUUGCCCCAGGCACGGAUGGAUACGACCGGGAAAGCAGCCAACUGAUCGACAAUGAUCUCGAGCACGCUGAGGCCGAUGGAAUGAACUGCACAGUGCUGUCAGACUCGUCCUCUGAUACUGAUUCUGCCCAUGGAAUCGAAUCAGAGACUAGAGAUCCCUCUUCAGAUGUUCAACAAGACCACCAAGAGGAAAGCAUGUUUGCAUCGGCGAAUGCGUUUGCUGACGCGCUGGAUCUUGAUCCCUACUACGGGUUCGACAUCAUGGACUUCAACCGACCCAGUCUGAAGAAAAAGCCCAAAGGGAAUGGUCGUGGUUUCAAUGCUUACUUGCCUGACAGUGACUUGGAGGCGGAACUCCUGAGUGCAUGGCAAACCGACCGCGCUAAGAAAAGAUCGAGAAAGCAGCAAAGAGAGCAACUUCGCUCUGAAGGGUUGCUUGGUCGACAAACUGCCGAGCCAGAUCUCAGAGUGAAGUACGCAAAAGGAAUGGACACUACCGAACUGAAGAUGGAAAUACGACUUUUUCUGUUGUCAACAAAGCAUAGCUUGGUUCUCCCUCCAAUGGCGAAGCAACAACGAAAGCUAGUACAUGAACUGGCGAACAUGUUGUGUCUCACUUCUCAGUCACGGGGUAAAGGAGCGAAUCGGUUUCCAAUCAUGAACAAGACGUCUCGGACUCCAGGUUUUACUCAGCAAACCAUCCCUCAACUGGAACGAAUACUGUCGAAGGGCAAGUACGUCCAACGAGGCUCCAAAUCUUGGGACCACAAGGCGACAAAACCAGCCAAAGGUCGACGUGGACGCCCCGACGCAUCGGCAACAUACAUGGAUGGGGAAGUUGUUGGUGCUUCGGCACCAGAAAUUGGCGCAGGAAACCGAGGGAGAGCUAUGCUUGAAAAGAUGGGUUGGAGCAUUGGCACGCCCCUGGGGGCUACCAAUAAUAAGGGUAUUCUACAGCCGGUGGCGCAUGUGGUAAAGAACUCUAGGGCUGGCCUUGGCUAG